CGAGUAUAAAACGUCCUCUUCUACUGACAGUCACUUCGCGCCGAGUCAACCCUCGUCAAAGUGGUCUUCCAGCAUUGGAAGUCGUGAUACCAAACCUUCCAACACGAACACCAUGUUGAGUAUCAACUUCUCGACACCUCUCGCGGGAGCUGCUCGAUCCGAGAGGAUCAAGCAGAUGACCAACAAUCACCCUGCCUUUGAAAAGGCUCGCAUGUCGCAAGAGAUACUUGUGAAGAUCCAGACAUCUCUUCGCCGCAUGCCUGGUGUUUCUUCCAAUGAAUCCAACGAGAUUAUCACAAAGCUGCAGGAAGUCGGGCAGAUCAUCAGCUCAGAGACGAGUCAGCUUGUUGAUGCGCUUAUGAACCUGACCCUCGAUCAAGAGGAUACGGACAAGGCCAUCGCACGAAUGAGUAUCGAGGCCAACCUUGCCAAGGCAGAGGCUGAUGACCAAAGUCACAACCUGGGCAACCUUCGCACCGAGCUGGCGGACGAGAAGGGCAAACGCCAAGAAGCUGAGGCCGAAGCCGCCAAACUCAUGGGUCAUCUUGAGAAGCUCAUGGAUGAGUUGAAGUCUCUCAAGGCGAAGGUCCGUGAUGGUGGUUCUGAGGGUACCAGGUCCAGCGCCGAUCAUGAUGAGAUGGUCAAGCAACUUGAAAUCUCCAUCAAGCACAUAGAGAACCAGAUCAAUGCUCGUCGAUCCAUGUGGCCCAUGAGCAACUCCAGUCCUGACUCUGUGGCACGCGCUCUUGAGACCAUCGCAGAGGCAUGCCCUGAUAAAAACGCCGCUCAGAAGUCUAUCAUGUCUCUGCGUCCUAAUGUCACGGACUCUCCUAACAAGGCUGUUGAUAUCAAUGACGGCGCUCUGCAGCCUCAACGUCCCUCUUCUGCCUUGCAGAACAGUCGUUCCCCCAAUCUGCCCACGCGCUUUGGCUCUCACAUCGUGCCUCCUCCUUCUCGCCCAGGCUCUGCUGCUCCAGGUGAGCGCCGGUUCAACCAGUGGGCUCCUCCUACUCCUGCACAGAGCCAACCUCGCUACGCAGUCCCUCCCCCAAACGGUGCUGGACCUCAGUCCAUGUUUGGUCGAAAUGCCCCCCGUCGUGGUUUCAGCAACGGUACUUAUCGUCCUAAUGCACCUGAAUUUUAUCCUCAAUCCUACGGGCAACCUGACAAGGGACCCUCUGCCCAGAGCAAUGGCGGAUUCGGCCAGCAGCGCCGGGAGUUUUACCCUCCUACCCCUUCUCACAACCGCAACAAGUACAGUCGCUUCCGCGAUCCUGUCCAAGCUCCUGAUUUCGCCGGCCCCCCUGGCGCGCUGACUACUCGUCCCUCUUUCCCCGGUCCUCCUAUCCACAUCACCGAAAUGACCAUUGGGGCUUGGCAUGACCAGCUAACGGAACUUUACACGACUGUCCGCCUCUUCGUCGACGUCUAUGCUGACAAGCCGACUUUUGUCAACCCUAUGGAUCUUUCUAGCACUCGCCUCUGGCCUGUUCUCUUGGCUACUUACCACCCCCUCUCAGAGACAGAGGCAAUCUCCUACCUUGACCUUCACCUCAAGGACAGAAGUUCCAAGUCUUGCCUUGUCACUCGCGUCAUCAUUGACUACAUUGUCAACCGCGUCUGGGUUCCUCGGGCUUGGAUGGGUGCUGAGACCGAUGCUACCUACGGCCUCGCUGAAGUUGAGAAGGAUCUUGAGAGAACUCAAGGCCAGACCGCUGUCCGUCGGCAGCACAUCCUUGAUCGACAGGCGGCUAUUGUGGACUCUGUCCUCAAGCUGGACAGCUUCGAGGAGUUCAGUAAGGUCCGUUGCCAGGAGAUCUCAGACGUUAUCCUUCACAUGGUCGAGCCACUCCUAAACCCCACCGCCGACCCUGAGACUACCUACAAGGAGCUCGAGAAGGUCUCAUCUUCUGCCUGGGCUCUGUCGAGCCGCAUUCUCAGCAGUCGACUGACAUUUGACUUCCGCUUCCCUGAGAUCGGAAGCCGAUUCUCGCACCAGUCCAUGUUCCCCAUCUGGCCCGACUCUGAUCCACAUGAGCUCCAGGCUGAACAUUGGCGAAUUGCUCUUGUCACCACACCUGUUGUGACCUGCCGCAAUGACACCGGCUCAAACAUCUCUGCUCACUCAGUUUGUAUGGCUGAUGUCGUAUGCAUGCGAUAAAUGCAUCACCACUGACCUCAUUGUUGUUGAUCUGUGCGAUUAACGUGAGGGUAAAAGACCUCUGGGUCUAAAGAACCGCCGAGGUUCUUUCGAGUACGGUGAAUACUACCACUGUACCAUAAUGUCAUACUACUGUUGACAACGAUUACGCACAGCAGCAAUGCUGUGACUAUCUGGAGGGGAAGACACAUUCCUCCUAUCAGCACGACUUAGAGACGGUCGUUCAUAAAAUUCAGGCGAUCACGGGCGUUUAGUACUUGAUUUCAGGGAGAUUUGCUUACUUUUUUUUCUUCUUUUUUUCCAUGCGCAUUUUUCUGCAUGCACAACGGCAUUGGGUUCACUUCACGGCAGGAUAUAGGCAUCCUCAUAUCGCAACUCAUAGCCCCUUCUGGAGAUAACCGAGAUCUACACCCCAAAGACGGUGUUGUUUCUUUGCAUUUUCUUUUCCGUCGUGGGGAAAACAGGUACAAGGGGGUUUCUGGUGGUUGAAGAUGCAAUCAAUCGUCGGGGGCAAAAGCAAGUACUACUGGGUUUAUGAUCAGUCAUGGGAAUUGUUGCGGCCUCGAAAGAAAUGAGGCAAAUACAUCCAAAAGAUGUAGAUGCGAUUGAUUUUAGGGGUAAUAAUUGAUUUUGACGUAUUAAACUAGCGAAACUAAU